GUGAAGACUCCAAUACAAUCUAAAUCUCUUGUGAAAACCAAUCUGUUUCACUUGUUUUUCAAUUAUAAAUACAAUUACCAUUUUGCUCAAUUCUUGUUUAUGAAAUCUUUAUUCCACAAUUGCUAGAAAUGGGGUUUAUUUCAGUGUUUAGGUUAAGUAUUUUAUUAUUAGUUGCUAAUUGUAUUUGUAGUUUUGGUUAUGAGGUGACAUAUGAUAAUAGAGCCAUUAAGAUUGAUGGGGCAAGGAAAUUAAUUCUUUCUGGUUCUAUUCAUUAUCCUCGUAGUACUCCUGAAAUGUGGCCACAGCUUAUUAGAAAAGCAAAAGAAGGAGGUCUUAAUACUAUUGAGACUUAUGUAUUUUGGAAUGCCCAUGAGCCUCACCAACGUCAGUAUGACUUUUCUGGGAAUCUGGAUCUUAUAAGGUUUAUAAAGACUAUUCGCGAUGAAGGUCUUUAUGCUAUCCUUAGAAUUGGGCCAUAUGUUUGUGCAGAAUGGAAUUAUGGAGGGUUUCCAGUUUGGCUGCACAAUUUGCCAGGCAUUCAGAUCAGAACUAAUAAUGAAGUUUAUAAGAAUGAGAUGGAAAUUUUCACAACACUCAUUGUAAACAUGAUGAAAGAUGGAAAGUUAUUUGCAUCACAAGGAGGACCCAUAAUUCUUUCUCAGAUUGAAAAUGAAUAUGGAAAUGUUCAAAGCUCUUAUGGCGAUGAGGGAAAGGAAUAUGUUAAAUGGUGUGCUAAUUUGGCUGAAAGCUUCAAAGUUGGUGUCCCAUGGAUCAUGUGCCAACAAAGCGAUGCACCAUCACCAAUGAUCGAUUCCUGCAACGGCUUUUACUGUGACCAAUACUAUUCUAAUAAUAAAAGCCUUCCUAAGAUAUGGACUGAGAAUUGGACUGGCUGGUUUCAAGACUGGGGACAAAAGAAUCCACAUAGAAGUGCUGAAGAUGUUGCAUUUGCUGUUGCACGUUUCUUCCAACUUGGUGGCAGUGUUAUGAAUUACUACAUGUACCACGGUGGUACUAAUUUUGGUACCACAGGGGGAGGACCAUAUAUCACUGCGUCUUAUGAUUAUGAUGCACCACUGGAUGAGUAUGGUAACCUUCGUCAACCUAAAUGGGGUCAUCUUAGAGAUCUUCAUUCAGUACUGAACUCAAUGGAGCAAACACUCACCUAUGGAGAAAGCAAAAAUUCGAAUUACCCAGAUAAUAAUAACAUAUUUAUUACUAUUUUUGCUUACCAAGGAAAGAGAAGCUGUUUCUUUUCAAGCAUAGAUUAUAAGGAUCAGACAAUUAGCUUUGAGGGCACAGAUUAUUUUCUUCCAGCAUGGUCUGUCAGUAUUCUUCCUGAUUGCUUCACAGAAGUUUACAAUACAGCAACGGUUAAUGUCCAGACAUCGAUAAUGGAGAAUAAAGCAAACGCUGCUGAUAGUUUUAGAGAACCCAAUUCACUGCAAUGGAAAUGGCGACCAGAGAAAAUUCGUGGACUAAGUCUGCAAGGAGAUUUUGUGGGCAAUACUUUGGUUGCUAAUGAACUCAUGGAUCAAAAGGCUGUCACUAAUGGUACGAGUGAUUAUUUGUGGAUUAUGAACAACUAUGAUCAUAAUAUGAAUGAUUCUCUUUGGGGAGCUGGUAAGGAUAUAAUUCUUCAAGUACACACUAAUGGCCACGUUGUUCAUGCUUUUGUGAAUGGCAAGCAUGUUGGUAUGUAUUAUUAUUUCCUUUUCUUUUUCCUUUUUUUCCAAUUUAUAAAAUAUAUAAUUUAUUAUUAUUAUUAUUAUUAUUAUUUUAUUUUUUUGGUAAUAGGAUCACAAUCUGCAUCUAUAGAAAGUGGUCGAUUUGACUUUGUUUUUGAGUCAAAAAUUAAACUGAAACGAGGGAUCAACAGAAUAUCUUUAGUUAGUGUUUCUGUAGGAUUGCAGAACUAUGGUGCUAAUUUUGACACUGCACCAACUGGAAUCAACGGUCCAAUCACAAUCAUUGGAAGAAGUAAAUUGGGCAAUCAACCAGAUGUGACGGUGGAUAUUUCAUCAAACAGAUGGGUGUACAAAACUGGUUUACAUGGUGAAGAUCAAGGAUUUCAAGCUGUUAGGCCUCGCCAUAGACGUCAAUUUUAUACCAAACAUGUUUUAAUUAACCAGCCCUUCGUGUGGUAUAAGACAAGUUUUAAUGCACCCCUAGGGCAAGAUCCUGUGGUGGUGGACUUGCUUGGAUUGGGCAAAGGAACUGCUUGGGUUAACGGGAGAAACAUUGGGAGGUUUUGGCCGAAGGCUCUUGCCCCAGAUGAUGGUACUUGUAAUGCACCUUGCAGUUAUAUUGGUACAUAUGAACCUAAACAAUGUGUCACUGGUUGUGGGGAGCCAACUCAGAGGUACUACCAUAUUCCAAGAGAUUGGCUAAAGCCAGAAGACAAUAAGUUGGUUUUAUUUGAAGAGUUAGGUGGAACACCAGACUUUGUUAGUGUCCAAACAGUUACUGUUGGUAAAGUUUGUGUGCAUGGCUAUGAGGGUCACACUGUAGAAUUGUCUUGUCAACAUGGAAGGAAGUUUUCUAAGAUCACUUUUGCUAGCUUUGGUUUGCCUCAGGGUAAGUGUGGAUCUUUCACUCCAAGCAACAACCAUGAUUGCCAUGCUGAUGUUUCAACUAUUGUUGAAAAGGCUUGUGUUGGCAAGGAAAGAUGUUCUAUUGAUAUCUCUGAAAAAGCUUUAGCACCCAUUCACUGUGAUGCCAGGAUCUACAGAUUGGCUGUUGAAGCUGUUUGUUAGUUUUUUUUGUUUUUUUUUUUACAUUAGAAUCGGUUUGUUAGGUUUUCUCUGAUUUAGCAUUUUUCUUGUUCCUUUGUUAUUUUGGAAACUCAAUUAUAUUUCAACUAUGAGUUGAUAUCUAAGUCUGCCCUUUUUACUUUGUUUAUCUUCCACAUUCUUUUUGAGUUUCUCCUUCUAAAUAUGAUAAUCAAUUUUUGUAUAUCUGACUGCACAUUUAAUUGUAAUUUGAAUUUCAGACAUUAUCACUUAAUAAUAAAUGCUCAAUCUAUUGUAGGUAUUAGAUAAUGGGAUGUCUUAAAAAUAACAAAAAAUAAAGGAAAAAGAAAAAUUCUUCCACUACAAUCGUGCCAUUGAGCCCUGAGCAAUAUUGAAGGACACAUGUCAAGAAAAUAAAAUUA